AUGGCCAGGCCUCCAAACAGUUGGGUUUGGGAACAUUUCCAAGAAGACACAUCACAACCCCCGAACCCCGCAUAUACUAAUGUCAGGUGUCAAAUUUGCUCUAAGUCCCUACGAUAUUCCUCGAGAAAUGGUCCAACAAAUUUAGCUCGACAUUUAACUAGGGGUCAUAACAUGAACCAGCCAGACUCUACUCCAACGCGUCGCCCCUUUGAAUCGAACCGAAAAGAUGGCAGUACAAACACUAGUAACAGUAUCAACAGCAACAGCAAUAGUAUAAAUAGUGUUAGCGGUCUCAAUGGUGCUAAUAAUACUAAUAAUAAUAGCAAUAAUACUAAUAACAACAAUAGCAAUAACAAAAAUGGUAAAUCCAACUUAUUGUCGAAUGCUAGAGAUCAUCAUAAAGGUUUUCAUAAUUCCGAAUCGACCUCAGAGAAUGAACGAGAAAGUUCACAAGAGGCUUCGAAUGAGCAGGAAUUGUCAAUGUCAUACACUACUAUUUCGGCUCCUAAAGCUAAUAGAAAAAUGCCUAUAUCAUACUCUACCAAAUCAAUACCUGAAUACCAAGUACCUCAGCAGCUACAAUCGGAUCUUUUGUUUCAAUCUUCAUUGAAUGGUCAAUCCGAGAGAUUGAAAGUGCAAAAUCGACAAACUAAUGGUGAUCUUGGAAUGCAAUCAUCGUCAUUAACCACAAAUCAGAAUGAUUAUGAUCAGUUCAUGAAAAAUGUGAAUUUGCUUCCUAUAUACAGGAUGGAUUUAAACAAGCAAAGGGAAAAACGAGGUUUCAAACCAAAACAGCCGUUGUCGCCAAUGAAUAAACGACAGUCAUUGCCAACGCAAAUAUCCCCAACAACUUUGAAACUUUCUAAUAUGACUCCUGGAGUUGUAACCUCCCUCAACAACUCACCUCCAAAACAGUACAUGACCAUUGAUCAACAAUUUUUCAAUCAACAGACAAGCUAUAUGGAUAAUACCGAUAAAGAAGUUGAUAGAGACAAUGGAAUGCUACCCACGAUUCAAGAUAUUCCGGAUUUCAACUCUAUGCCAACUAUGAUAGGGUCGCCUAAUAAUGAGACACUGAACCAAAAACAUCAGCGGAAUGAAUUGGGUAUUCUGGAUGGGAGUCCUAAUAAAAGAGAUUUUCGUGUGGCUAAUUUCGACAAUGUAGGAGGGUUCAAUAGCGCUGAUAAUAAUUCAAGCUUGACCGGCCUUGUCAAAGAUAUGAGUACUACUAUUGAAGUAAUGAGGAAAACUUUACAGCAACAGCAAGACAAAAUUAACCAGUUGGAACAGCGACUCUCAAGAGAAAUCAACUCGCAUCGUGGAUCGGGACUCGAAACAGCAUAUGAAGUAAUCCCUGCCUUUCGAAAUGAUGUUGGAGACCUCCCCGAACUACAAAAUGUAUACGUUCUGUUGUCACUCCCCAUCCAGCAACUAAGGCGUAUAGCCAAUGCAUAUGGGUUAAAACUAUCAGAUGACCGCAAGGAGCUUAUUUUUGGGAUUGCGGAUUUCAUAGGAUGUAGAAAUAUCAAAAAUUUUUGGGAUGAAUAUACACGUCAAAUUAUGCACUAG